CUGAAACUCGUUCGGUUAACACUAACUCCAGACAAAUUACCCCUUCGUUUCCUCCGGCAGAGACACACCAAGACAAGACAUGUUUCUCUCUUUUAUAUAAUCCUAGGUACAACAACAUCUGAUAUCUCCACAACCGGCCUCAACAAUAUCUUCAUAUUCUCUUCAACCUUGUAACCCUGCCGAAACAUCUCCCCCUUCAUAUUCCUCCUCCGUUUCACCUCCAUAUACAAACAAAACACACCUAUAACAACAUUUCACUUCCAUUCAUUCACCACAUAUAUAUAGCAGUAGGUUUACAAAACUAUAUGCAGAGGAAGUGAUCAUGCUGGACUUAAAUCUCACUUAUUCACCUUCGAAUACGCAAGAUAGUGACAAGCUUCCUCUCAAAAGGUCCGAUGAGUCCGGAACCUCAAACUCAUCUGUUGUCAAUGUUGAGACCUCCAGCAAUGAAGAUUUUUUCUCGAAUCAAAACAGAUUUGUGACUUAUAAGUUUGAUAUAUUGAAAGCGAGUGAUCAGCGUGGUACGUUUGAGGAGAGGUGUGAACAUCGAGAAGGCACGAUGCAGUUCUUUCCGAGGAUAGCGGAAGAGAGAUCAGUGGUGGUGAAGCAGCAAGAGGCGCAGCCAGUUAAGAAGGCUAGUAGAAGAGGACCGAGACCAAAGAGUUCACAGUACCGCGGUGUUACUUUUUAUCGCAGAACAGGACGAUGGGAAUCACAUAUUUGGGAUUGCGGAAAACAAGUUUAUUUAGGGGGAUUUGAUACUGCACAUGCUGCAGCUAGGGCAUAUGAUCGAGCUGCCAUUAAGUUCCGCGGGACUGGUGCUGAUAUCAAUUUUGUUGCCAGUGAUUAUGAAGAGGAUCUUAUUCAGAUGAAGAACUUGACAAAGGAAGAAUUUGUGCAUAUACUACGACGACAUAGCUCAGGGUUCUCCAGGGGAACUUCAAAGUACCGCGGAGUAACCCUACACAAGUGUGGCCGAUGGGAGGCUCGAAUGGGACAGUUUCUUGGCAAGAAGUAUAUCUAUCUGGGGUUGUUUGACAAUGAGAUUCAAGCUGCUAGGGCUUAUGAUAUAGCCGCUUUAAAAUGCAAUGGCAGGGAAGCAGUCACUAAUUUUGAUCCAAGCACAUACUCUGAAGAGUUGUUAAGUUGUGAAAGUGACACUGGAGACAGCAGCCGCAAUCUGGAUUUAAACUUAGGUUAUUUUGGGGAUGUCCGUAUUGGAAACAGAAAUGUUGAGGUUCAUGAUUUCCCAGUUUACUCGAGUGACAUCCCUGAGGCGAGAAAAAAUAUGAAUGAUAGAUCUGCUUCUGAAAAAAUCGGAACUCAGUUGCCUGUUAUGUCUCAGCAUCCUUCUCCAUGGAGUGGUGUUAAUUCAAGUUCCUAUACCUCGUAUGAGCAGGACAAGGCAAUAGAGAAAAGUAUAGAAGUCAAUUCCCAGCAAAAAUUUGGAUGGCAUAUCCAGGGACUAUAUGGUGGAUCCACUCCAGUGCCACUCUUCUCUACUGCAGCAUCAUCAGGAUUCGCUACUGCACCCACCACUGCUUCAUCAGCUGCUGCAUAUCAAUCUCAUUCGACCGUCGCCUACCAUCCCUUUGCAGUAUCAGUGCCCAAUGCUAAUGACUCAACCCGUUACUACAAUAGAUCCUAAAUUCCGUUACUACAAAUGCUAAAUUUUACAGGGUUGGUGAAAACAAACUAGUUGUAAUAGAUGAUGUUUCUGUAUCUACUAGACCUUUGCAUUCUAUCACUAGUCUAUGUUAUGCAAUUUAAGUGUGCAACUCCCCAGUGCUAAUGGUGGUUAUAGUAGACUUGACCAGUAAUGAGACCUUUUUUGCCUCUAUUGAAAUUUUAUAGAAUAGUGAGACAUUGCAUCUCUUAAUUUGAUCUUCUUCUGACAUUA